AUGGCCACUGCUCAAUUAGAUGUCAUGAUCUUCAACACUUUAGUUAAAGCGGUUGAAACGGCACUCAAUCCUAUCGUCGGUAAUGAAGAACGGCAGCAGGCUCACAAGAUAUGUGAAGAUUUCAAGGAAAAUUCCAGUGGCAGCAUUCAAUAUGGGCUUCAGUUAUCACAGAAGGAGCAUUCAGCUGUUGUUCGUCAUUUUGGACUUCAAGUGGUUGAGCAUUGCAUCAAAUAUCGAUGGCAUGAAUUUGGAGAUGAGGAGAAAAGUGAACUGAAAAUUAAUGCCCUUAAACUUGUUGACCAGGGUACAAAAGAUAUUUUGGAAGAGGAGCAGCAUAUCAAAGAUGGUGUCUCCAGAAUUCUUGUUGAGCUCAUGAAGAGGGAGUGGCCACAGCUUUGGAAAAAUCUCUUCAUUGACUUCAAUGCUUUGUGUCAGAAUGGAGAAACACAGACUGAGCUGGUUCUGCAGACGUUACUGAGGCUGUCUGAAGAUGUGGUCAAGUUUCAGAAUAUGCCACAAGCCAGGCGUCGAGACCUGUUACAGGCCCUGACUGCUACUAUGCCGUCCAUAUUUUCAUUUUUUAUCUACUUACUCACCAAGAAUCUUGAGGUUUAUCGAUUACAGGAUGGGAAAAAAUCUGAGAAGGCGUGCAAGAUUUGCCAGUCUGCCCUGGAUACGUUGUCAGGUUUUGUGGACUGGGUCAACAUUUCACACAUCAUUGAGAGCAACCUGUUGUCACUGUUGUGUGGACUUCUUCUGGACAAACAUUUGUGUCUGAGAGCAUCAGAAUGUCUCUUGCUCAUUGUCGGCAGGAAGAGCAAACUGUCAGAACGCAAGCCAUUAAUGGUUUUGUUCAGUGAGGAGGCAAUGACUGUUCUGUUACAAGCUGCUCAAAAUGCUACUGAACACAUCACAGAAUCUUCCAACUUCAUAUUUCUGAAAAGACUGGGUGAGAUUUUGCUGGAAAUUGGCAAACAACUGUGUACCUUGUGGGGCUCUGCAGAAGACACUGGGCAGCCACCAAAUUUUGAGAUGUAUCUCAAAGCCUUGCUUGCUUUCACCCAGCAUCCUUGUCAGAGCGUUCGUCAAAUGAUAUAUUCUGUGUGGCUAAUUUUAUUGCGCCAUCCACUUGCAUCAAAAGAUUCCGUGUUUCAGGAAGUCUUGCCAUCUUUGAUUCGGUGUGGAACUAUAUGUCUGCACAAGGUUGGGUUUCCAAGCCAAACCAACAGUGUCAGUUGUGAUUACUCCAGAGUGGAGUUUGAUACUGAUGAAGAAUUUAACGUAGUGCUAUCAAAUCUCCGCAUGUCAGUGGUGGAAUCCAUCCGAAUCAUGACUCUGAUGGUGCCGAAGCUUACUUUCUCAGUGGCGUCCUCUUGGGUGUUGGAACUUCUCAAUAAACCUAUUGAAAUCGGCAGUGGUGUGGACAUGGACAGGGGUAUUUGCAAUCUCAGUUCACCGUCAUUUAUCUACUGGGAUGCCUGCAGUGUAUUUCUGGAAGCUGUCAUGUCAAAGUUAUUCCAGGCUGAAGGGGAGAAACCAGAUGUACAGGAAGGCAUUGAUCUGUUAAAACAAGUUCUGGCUUAUGAGAUGCAGGAUCCGUUAAUUCUGUCAGCAGUGCUGUCCUGUAUAUCAGGCCUGUUUCCAUUCCUUAACUACACGCCACAGACUUUACCACAGGUUCUUGCCAAGAUUUUUGAUGCAGUAGUUUUUAACAUGCCAGGUCAGACUAAAUCCACACGCUCUCAGUCAGUGAAGAAUGUUAGAGUACAUGCAUGUUCAGUACUCGUGAAAAUAUGCAAAAACUAUCCUGCACUUUUAUUGCCGGAGUUCCAGCACCUGUAUAGCUGUGUCAAGCAGUUGGAUAGUGACAGGGACCAGCUGAGUCAGAUGGAGAAAAUCAUUCUUAUUGAGGCUCUGAUCAUUGUCAGCAAUCAGUUCAACGACUUUGCUCGUCAGUCAGCAUUUAUAGAGGAGGUCAUUCUGCCCGUCAAGCAGCUUUGGUCAUCAGAGGAUUUUGCUAAGGCAUUCAGCUCACCUGAAUGUUUUAUGUCGUAUGUGGGAUUGGACCAGGCAGCUGUGGAGCCCAGCAGUGCUGAUACCUGUGGCAUUAAUAGAUCUCAUAUUACAUACUGCAUCAAUACAAUACUGGCCGUCAUCAAGAGAAGCCAGUGGCCUGAAGACUUUGCUGUUGCGCAAAGAGGUGGAUUUGUUGUGCAAAAUGAUGGCUCUGGCAGGCUAAGGAAUCCUGCGACCCAACACAUCUGUCCAUUAUUUGACAAUCUGAUAACAUUGCUUAAAACCAGUUGCUGCUUAUUUACGCAAGAAUAUCUGAAUUUGCGCCACAAGGAUUUCAUUAAAGCGUACGAUCUGAUGGACCAUGACCGCCUGAAUGUUCUUGGCAUCCCUCCAGCUUGUGUGGACAACUCAGAUUCCUUGUUUUAUAGGCAUCCGCUGGAACGUAUGCAAAACUUCAUUACUGCGGUCUUUGAAUAUGGAUUCCAUAUCCUGGGCAAUGCAAGUCAGUGUCUGGGGACAGAGUUCUACUCAGCUCCAGGCUUGACUGAAGUUAUCAUUGGGAAUCUGGUGGUCAACUUUAAACUGCUCCCUGACUACAGAGCCAGGCUGUUCAUACGCAACUUCAUCAAGCCCUUCAUUCAGUGGUGUCCCAAGGAGCAGUACCAGAGCGUGGCUAUACCUGUGCUGACCAUAUUGUGUCCAGACAUUUAUCAGAGGCUAACAGAAAGAUGGCAGGUUAUCAACAAAAGAUUAGAGGAAAAAUCAGAAGAUGAUGAUGGAGAUGACCCAGAGUCCCAGGAAGUGUUGGAAGAACAGUUGGUCAGGAAUCUGACCAAAGAAUAUCUAGAGUUACUCGUACUGGUUCUGUCAGGCAAAAAUGUCAGUUCUGAGAUCAAGGAAGAAAUGGCCAUGGACGAAGAUGUUUCCAAGCAAGCAGCAACAAGUCAUAAUAUCUACAAAGACCUCAGUGUCCUUGGGCAGGCUGUUAUCGGUUCUCCUGAACUGUACCCAUCCAUCAUCAUGUGCAUCCUGGCAGGUUUUUCCUGGGCAGAUACUACAGUGUGCAACAGGUGCUGCAGUCUCUUGUGGCCUGUCUGUAAACAGCUCAUCGCCAACAACCAGAUUUCUGAGGAAGCUGCCCAGCAUGUAUUCAUGUCUAUUUUGUCUGGCCUACAACUUCAUGGCCAGCAUGAGUCCUGCCUGUCCAACUUGCUGUCCCUUUCACUGAUAUUCUAUGAGACCCUGAGGCCGACAUUUGUAUCCCUCACCAACAUCAUGCAACAGAUACCAGAUGUAGACCAGAACCUGAUUAAAGAUCUAGAAGAAAAAUUGAAUUCACCACCCAAGAUAGGUCUUGAGAAGCGAAAGAAGGAUGUAUUCAAACAAAUUGUAUCAAAUAUUAUUGGUAAAAACAUUGGUCAGCGUUUCCGACGUACAGCCCAGUACACAAAUUUACCUCGCCUCUUUCUGGAAACUCGACGACCCAAGGUUGCUGCCCUGGAUGAAGUAGAAACAGAAAGCCUUGGGUUGUGUGAACUCUUCUCACCUUCCAACAACUGA